AUGGUUCUAAAACGUAUUCAAGCGUUCGAUCUGCGUGAUGUUUUCAAAACUGAAAGAACGCUGCUGUCACUUUCAGGAUUCUACCCCCAAAGACACCAGAUAAACGUACCUUUCUACUUCACAAGCGCUUUAAUCAACGUCGUGGUUUCAUAUUUGCAGCUGUUUUCAAUGAUUGGGCAAAUGGUCGUCGACAGGAAAGACUUGUCGAAACUAACAGACACUUUGCUGUUUUUUAUGACCCAUUUUACGUUUUUGGGAAAACUGACAAAUUUUGGGUACUACAGACGGAACUUACUGACAAUCGAGGACGAUUUGUGUGCUGAAAUAUUUUACUCGUUCUCUGAAAAACAACUAGGAAUUUUCAUUUCCAAAAUUGGGUCUUGUAACACGAUUGCGAAAAUAUUUAGAAUGUCGUGUGUGCUUUGUAUUAUUUUUUAUUCAGUUUUACCUUUACUAGGAGACGAGAAAAAUUUGCCGCUUCCGGGUUGGCUACCUUACGAUACUGACACGUUUUACUUGGAAACUAUAAUUUUUCAAAUUUUGAGCGUCUGCGUUAGCGCUUAUAAUAACUCGAGUAUCGAUAUUUUGACCUGGAAGCUGAUUGCAGUAGCUUCUGGUGAGAUGGAAAUUUUGAAAGAGAAUCUGAGGGACUUGGAGUACAAAUCGAACGGUGAUAAAGAGUUGGAAAUGACUAAGGAAACGUUCGGGAUUUGUAUACAACAACACAACGCAGUGAUUGAUUUGGUGCACAAAAUCGAGUUCGUGUUCUCCAAGGGAAUUUUCAUGCAGUUCUUGUCCAGUGUCAUCAUCAUCUGUUUUACCGGUUUUCAGCUGCUUGUUGUUCCAAUGGCGAGUAUUCAGUUUGUGUUUUUGGUCAUGUAUUUCUUCUGCAUGAUGUGUCAAGUCGCCAUGUAUUGUUGGUACGGUCACGAAGUGAUGACAACUAGUGACGAACUGGGAAAGUUCUGCUACAUGUCCAACUGGUACGAUUCUGACAUCAACAUUCGCAAAAGUAUUACGAUUUUUCUAGAAAAGACGAAAAAGCCGGUGGUUUUAACAGCAGGAAAAUUCGUUACGUUGUCUCUUGCGACGUUGACGAGCAUACUGCGAUCGUCGUAUUCUUAUUUUGCUGUAUUGCAACAUCUGUACCAACAAGAUUCUUAA